AAAAUAAAAAAUGCAUUGAAAACGGCAGUGUCCUGAAGAAAGGUAACUAGAAAGAAUUGAGGAGGGGGUUCUAAUUUUAGCCCUAGCUCUCCUCGAAGACAUAUUGGCGGGAACUUCACCGGCAAACCGAGCCCUCAAAUUUGCUUCUCACCGACAAAAUCGACCCUCAAACUCUGCAAAUUUUGCUUCAUCGGCGGCGGUAAUGGGGAAGGACGAUGAAGAGAUGCGUGGAGAAAUGGAGGAGAGGCUGAUAAACGAGGAGUACAAGAUUUGGAAGAAGAAUACUCCGUUUCUUUACGAUUUGGUCAUCACUCAUGCCCUAGAGUGGCCUUCACUUACUGUAGAGUGGUUGCCGGACAGGGAGGAGCCUCCAGGCAAGGAUUACUCCGUUCAGAAGAUGAUUUUGGGGACCCAUACCUCCGAGAAUGAACCCAAUUACCUCAUGCUCGCUCAGGUUCAGCUUCCGCUUGAGGAUUCGGAGAACGAUGCGCGACAUUACGAUGACGACCGUGCUGAUGCGGGUGGCUUCGGGUGUGCGAACGGCAAGGUACAAAUAAUACAGCAAAUAAAUCACGAUGGGGAAGUCAAUAGAGCCCGUUAUAUGCCUCAAAAUCCAUUUAUUAUUGCUACAAAAACUGUCAGCGCCGAAGUCUUUGUUUUUGACUAUAGUAAACACCCGUCCAAACCACCUCUAGAUGGUACCUGCAAUCCCGAUUUGAGAUUGAGGGGUCACAAUACCGAAGGUUAUGGUUUAUCGUGGAGUAAGUUCAAGCAGGGCCAUUUACUUAGUGGUUCUGAUGAUGCACAGAUUUGUUUGUGGGACAUUAAUGCUACUCCGAAGAACAAAACCCUUGAGGCUAUGCAAAUUUUUAAGGUUCAUGAAGGUGUUGUGGAAGACGUUGCAUGGCAUCUUAGGCAUGAAUACUUAUUUGGUUCAGUAGGUGAUGACCAAUACUUACUCGUCUGGGAUUUACGAACUCCUUCAGCUAAUAAGCCUGUACAAUCUGUAGUUGCUCAUCAAAGCGAGGUUAAUUGCUUAGCAUUCAAUCCCUUCAAUGAGUGGGUUGUAGCCACAGGGUCAACUGAUAAGACGGUUAAGUUGUUUGAUCUACGUAAGAUAAGCACUGCACUCCAUACCUUCGACUGUCACAAGGAGGAAGUUUUUCAGGUUGGCUGGAAUCCAAAGAAUGAAACGAUCUUAGCUUCUUGUUGUCUUGGUAGGAGACUCAUGGUUUGGGACCUUAGCAGAAUUGAUGAGGAGCAGACACCUGAGGAUGCAGAAGAUGGCCCGCCCGAGUUGCUGUUCAUUCAUGGUGGUCAUACCAGUAAAAUAUCCGACUUUUCUUGGAAUCCGUGUGAGGAUUGGGUGGUUGCUAGUGUAGCUGAAGAUAACAUACUACAAAUCUGGCAGAUGGCCGAGAACAUCUACCAUGAUGAAGAUGAUUUGCCUGAGGAGCCUCCAAAGGCCUCUUAGUGUUUUAUUCUCUGUAUUUUAAGUAGUACUCAAGACUACUAAAAUCUAUCAAGUUCUAAAUAUAAAGAGGUGUUUUUGAGGCUCUGGAUUGUGGUGAUUCUCAUCAUGGCUAUGGAUAUGGAUCAUGGAUGGGUACAAGGGAGAAACUUUGUAGAGCUCGGCGGGAUUGCGUGGAGGUUGCGGAUGUUGGAAGAAAAGAUAAUAGGUCACUAAAUGCAGGAUGAGAAAUGGUGAGAGGAUGUGUUGUAGGUCUGUCCUUCCUAAACUUUAGUUCAGUACCGUAAGUAGCAUACUUGUUCAUUGUUAGGGUCUAUAAUGUUCCACCAUUAACUACUAUGGGAUGAAGGGCCUUGGAAAGAGAAUUUGUUUUAGAUCUUUAUUCUUCAACUUUCUCUCUUUGUUGUAGGUGGCUCAUUAGAAAUAUGGUUCCCUUUCAUUUUGAUGUGAUUGGAGGUUUUUGUGCCA